AUGGACGCCUACAAUUUCAGCACCGUGACUCAGUUUACCCUGAUUGGGCUCUCGGAUCUCCCUGGGGUUCGCUACCCUCUCUUUGUGGUCUUUGCUGUCAUCUAUCAGGUCACCUUGCUGGGCAACGGGGCCAUCCUCUUGGCCAUCGGGGCGGAGAGGAAGCUGCACACACCCAUGUACUUCUUUCUGGCCAACCUGUCCCUCCUGGACAUCUCCUGUCCUUCUGCCACCGUCCCCAAGAUGCUGGACAACCUCCUGACGGAGCAGCACGGCAUCUCCUUCCUGGGCUGUGCGGUGCAGCUCUACUUCCUGGUGGCCCUGAUGGGGACGGAGGUCUUCCUCCUGGCGGUCAUGGCGUAUGACCGGUACGUGGCCAUCUGCUUCCCCCUUCGCUACGGCCUCAUCAUGACCAAGGCCCGCUGUGUGCAGCUGACGGCCGCCACCUGGGCCGCGGGGUUUCUCAACUCCCUCCUGCACACGGUGCUCACCUUCCGCCUGUCUUUCUGCAAGUCCAACCGUGUCAACCAGUACUACUGCGACAUCCCCCAGGUGGUGGCCCUGGCGUGCUCGUCCACGUUUGUGGCAAAGCUGCUGGUUCUGGUGAUUGGGGGCGUCUUUGGGGUCGGGGCCUGCCUGGUCACCCUAAUCUCCUACGUGGACAUCAUCUCCACCAUCCUGAAGAUCCAGUCUGUGGAGGGGAAGUGCAAAGCCUUCUCCACCUGCGCGUCCCACCUCCUGGUGGUCUGUCUCUUCUACGGAGCCGCCAUCUUCACCUACAUCCACCCCUACUCGAGCCAGAGCUCCGCCCGGGACAGACUCAUCUCCAUGCUGUACGGCGUCAUCACCCCGAUGCUGAACCCCAUGAUCUACAGCCUGAGGAACACGGAGGUGAAGAACGCGCUCCGGAAGGUCCUUGGUUUGCAACACUGUUCUGAGAGGGCAUCAUGA